CAAAGCUCUGCCGACGCACAUCCAUGGCAGUCUCUGCACCAACUCCCACCGCAUUUACUCUCUCGAUCGGCGGUUCCUCGCCUUCUUUUACGUCGCUUCCGCACCGCUCGCCGUGACUCGUAGACGAAACCGGAGACUCUUCUUGCUAUCAUGGUGAAGCUGGCGACGGCGAGGGAGGCGCGGCUGUACGGGCCGGCGCUCACGGUGCGGAGGUGGGAGUACAUCAACGCCGGCGCGUACGUCUUCGGGACGCUGCUCCUGGCCGCGGGGCUGGCGGCGCUCUGCGCGUCGUCCGAUAGAGGCGUCAGGGCAGCGGGGCUCGUGGUGGCCGCCGCCGCGCUCGUGAUCGUGGCGGCCGUCAACGCGCACGACCUGGGCGCGCACCUCGCCGGCGUCGACUGCCGCCUCGGGCUCGUCCGGUUCGACCCUCAGCUCGCCCUCGUCGAGCUGCUCGUGCCCGCGCUCAACGCCGCCGGCUGCGUCCUCGCCGUCGUCGGCGUCGCCUUCCUACUCUCCCAGGGCGACGGGCGGGAGCGGCACGCGGCGGACACGAUGCUCGCCGGCGCGGUGCUGUGGCUGCUGGGCUCCGCGCUGAACUCGUGCCAGGUGUACGAGCGCGCCGACGGCCGCGCGCAGCUGCUGCAGUCCAGCAUCCAGGUCCCCGUGCUCGUCGGCAGCCUCCUCUUCCUCGUCGCCGCCGUCCUCAACUGCCGCCGCGCCCGCGAGCCGGUCGAGAGGUGGACAAUGUGCCUGUGCGGGAGCGUGUUGUGGGUGGCGGCCGCCCUGUUCAACGUGGUCAAGGUGUUCAUGCUGCACCAGAGCGGCGCGCCGCGGCUCGAGAAGCUCCGCGGCGGCGCACAGGAGUGGCUCAGCCGUGACCGCGAGGGCCGCGUGCCGCUCGUCUGGAGGUCGGCGGCGCCGCCCACCGAGCUGCGCUGACCGACGAUUCGACCGACUGGCCGUUCAACGUACGUACAAAGCUGAGCAAAUUUGUAACCUUGCUAGCUUAGCUAGCUGUCAAAAUAGACCGUGGAUUAGGGAAAAGAUCAAAUAAAUUGUACGUACUCUCAACCUUUGCGAGUCGUAUAUUGCCAACUGGAGAUUGAUAAUGGAAGCUUUCUGUCAACCAAAUUGAACCG